AUGGACGUCAAGAAAAAGUACGAGAUUGAGGCUGCCCUUGCGACCGAGGCCCAGGCCAUCUCCGCCGGCCAGCUCAAGGAAGAGAAUCCGCUCGAUGUGAGCGAGGAUUUCAGCCUGUUUUGCGAAGCAUGUCGGCGUGGAGAUCUCAAGGUGUGCCAGGAGAUGAUCUCGACGGGUGUAAACAUCAAUGCCAGGGAUAAGUUUGAUUAUACCCCACUGAUCCUGGCUAGUCUAUGCGGUCACUACGAAGUCAUUCGCUUGCUGCUCGAGAACGGGGCAUUGUGCGAGCGAGAUACCUUCCAGGGCGAGCGAUGUCUCUACAAUGCCCUCAACGACCGAAUACGGAACCUCCUGCUAUCCUACGACUACGCCAAAUCGUCGAAUCCGCUGCAGCCGCUGGCGGCACACAUCACAUCACUGCUCACGCGCACUGAGCCCAAGACGACAGAUAUCACUAUCGAGGCAUACGGCCAGGAGUUUCACUUGCACAAGUUCCUCCUCGCCGCGCGGUCGCCAUACUUUGCGAAGAAGCUCGAUGCCGCACCGAACACAACGGUAUGGAAACUACCGGAUACCAUACCCGCCGAGUCGCUGGGCGUAGCACUGCAAUAUCUAUACUUUCAGGAAGUUUCGAUACGGAGAGCGCUAUUUGGGCUAAGCGAUGAGCACGAGCUGGUAGUGCUCAACGGCAUUGAUAAGAUAGGCAAGCAGCUGGAAAUGGAACGCCUCUUCGAAGAUAUCACUGAAGUUUCAGACCGCCGGUUGUUGCGACAACGACGAGCCGACGAACUAGAGCGCGGUCGAGACCAACUAGAAAGCUGGUUCAAGAACAACGUCCUUCGACAUAAACGCGUUGUUGACACGGCCAAAGUAGACAACAUACAGUGGGAUCGGCAAAACUCGAUAUUCGCCGACAUACUACUACGGGCAGAUGACGAUGAGGAUCAUCAAGGGCCCAAUGACACAGACCGGUCACCAGCCCCGGCAGAGAAGUCCACACCACCAGUGCGGAAUGCACCAGGUCCUCUCCUGGGCAUACCAGUUGGCGCGGGUAGAACCCGCUCACGCUCGCCGUCGCGACAACGCACACCGCGCAAGUCGACUAUAUUCCCUGCGCAUCGCGCCAUGCUACUACGCUCGGAAUACUUCUUGACAAUGUUCAGCUCGCAAUUCAAAGAAGCGCAAGAUACACCACAUCUACAAAUCGUAACCAUUGACUGCUCUCCAGCGGUUCUGGAGACCAUACUAACAUUCAUGUACACGGAGCGUGCAGACUUCGGUCUUGACAUUGCCAUUGACGUACUUUUUGCGGCAGACCAGCUCUUCAUUGAGAAGUUGAAGCAACGUGCAGCCAUCAUCAUCUCCGCCCUGGGUAACGGUGCAACUUCCGCGGUCGAGUCGGAUAACCCACGUGGCGCUACCGAUGCAGAUGAGCCUGUUGACAUCUACGAGGUCAUUCGAGCCGGUUGGGAUACGCGGGUGCAGCGACUGGAAGAAUUCGCUGCCCGAUACAUUGCGUAUCGCUUAGAGAAUUAUAUUGAUCAGCCCGAGUUUGCAGAACUAGUUCAGGAGUCUGCGAAUCGCGUCAAGGCUCGUCAAGAGACUGAUACUGUUGAACUAGUCGACGAUAUCCGCUAUUACCUCUCUGAACGCUUCAGGCUUCGCUUUGAGGAUAGUGGAUUAGACGAAAUGAUGGACGAAAAUGCGGCGAUCAAGGCCACUGCCGAGGAGGAUUUAGCAGAGGCAAUGGGCGACGUCGCGUUGGAAGACGGUAGACCGGAGAAGCCGACGCAAGAAGAAAACUUCAUCCCGAUAGAACAGCACAUUGCUGCUGGUGUCAUUAGAAACUUAGACGGCGAAGAGGUUGGUGACGAAUUUGCGCAGGACGCUAUGAACUAUCAAAUCUUGCUGGGAAAGAUUGAUACAUUGCUAGAGAGGCUAAACCUAGACGCUUAG